GGGGUCGGGCAGGGAGGUAUCAGCUCCAGGAAAUGUGUCUUGGCAGCAGUCGGACGGGCGCUUCCCCGCAGGUCGCUGCGCUCCGCUCCGGAGCCGGCCAAGGGCGCAGCGGCUCCCCCGGCACCCCUGGAGGAGGAGGAGGAGGAGGAGGAGGAGGAGGAAGGAGGAGGAGGAGGAAGGGGGCAGCAGGCGGCAGGGCCCCCCCUUUUAGAGCCGCUGCUUGAGGAUCAGGGGGUUCCCCCCCGAGGGCUCCUCUUCCUCGGGCUCCCCGGGGGACGAAGGCUCCGCAGGUAAGCGGCCGAGCCCCUUUUCCCCCCCCCCCCCCAAAGGCAGCAGCCCCCCGACGGCUGCCCCGCAUCCUCCCGAGGGGGGCGGCUGUACGAGGAGGUGGGGGGGGGGGGACCGGGGAUAACGGGGCUCGGGGUGCCCCCGGGAGCCGCUGCCGGGGGCUGAGCGCUGCGUGGCGGGGCUGUGUCGGCAGGCGCCCCCCCCCCCCCCCGGCCGGCCCGGCUCCCCAAAAUGCUGGACGGGCUGAAGAUGGAGGAGACUUUGCAGAGCGCCCUGGAGCCCAACGCCCCCUUCCCCUCGCUGCUGGGCAGGGCCGUGCCCCCCCGCUCGGUGUGCGAGGGGUGCCAGCGGGUCAUUUCGGACCGGUUCCUGCUGCGCCUCAACGACAGCCUGUGGCACGAGCAGUGCGUGCAGUGCGCGUCGUGCAAGGAGCCCCUGCACACCACCUGCUUCUACCGCGACAAGAAGCUCUACUGCAAGCUGGACUACGAGAAGUUGUUCGCGGUGAAGUGCGCCGGGUGCCUGGAGACCAUCGCGCCCAGCGAGCUGGUGAUGCGCGCCCAGAAGAGCGUCUACCACCUGCGCUGCUUCUGCUGCUGCGUCUGCGAGCGGCGCCUGCAGAAGGGCGACGAGUUCGUGCUGAAGGAAGGGCAGCUGCUCUGUAAGGGCGACUACGAGAAGGAGCGGGAGCUGCUGAGCUUGGUGAGCCCGGCUCUGUCGGAUUCUGGCAAAAGUGAUGAUGAAGACAGCAUCUGCAAACUGGGCCCGGCCUCAGGGAAGGGAGCCGAGGAGGGGAAGGACCACAAGCGGCCCAAGCGGCCCCGCACCAUCCUGACCACGCAGCAGCGGAGGGCAUUCAAGGCGUCCUUCGAGGUUUCCUCCAAGCCCUGCAGGAAGGUGCGGGAGACGCUGGCGGCCGAGACGGGGCUGAGCGUCCGCGUGGUGCAGGUCUGGUUCCAGAACCAGAGAGCAAAGAUGAAGAAGCUGGCCAGGAGGCAGCAGCAGCAGCAGCAGCAGGACCAGCAAAACACGCAGCGCCUGAGCUCAGCCCAGCCCAACGGUGGUGGCAGCGGGGGGCUGGAGGGGCUCAUGAACCCCUACACCGCUCUGCCCCCCCCGCAGCAGCUCCUGGGCAUGGAGCAGGGCGUCUACAGCUCCGACCCCUUUCGGCAAGGGCUCACCCCUCCACAGAUGCCCGGAGACCACAUGCACCCCUACGGUGCCGAGCCCCUCUUCCACGACAUGGACAGCGACGAUACCUCACUGAGCAACCUGGGCGACUGCUUUCUCGCCACGGCGGACGCGGGGCCGCUGCAGGCGCGGGUGGGGAACCCCAUCGACCACCUCUACUCCAUGCAGAGCUCCUACUUCACCUCCUGAGCGCAGCGGAGCCCCACGACGGGAGGCCGGCACGCGGCGUUUUGUAGCUCGGGAUGCCCAGGGACCCAGCGAGUUUUGGGUUGCGUAGUUUCACGUUUCUCUUAGGAAAUCCUAGGGUUAGGGGCAGGAGUGGGUUUGGCAGCUGGCGGGUUGGUUUUCAAAUUCCCACGUGAAUAUAGAAAGCUAGAGACGUCCCCCCCGUGCGGCGGGACGGGGCUGUGUGUGUGUGUUUGUGUGUGUGGGCACGCGCGCGUGAGCGGAGCCGUGCGGCCGUGCGCGGUGGCAUCCCACACGGACGCGCCCUCCGGGUUGUUGUACCCACAAAGUUUAUUCCUAAGUCUAUCAGAAAUUUACUGUACAGCAAAAGUAACUUUAUUUUCAGCGCGAACCGUAUUUAAGGAAAUGCUCGAUGCACUUAAGUUAUGAGAUGAGAUAAUUUACUUUUUAUAAACGCCACGUUUAGGUUGCAAAAGCCCGGUGGCAGGGCAGGAACACCGGCUCGUGUCAGGCGGUAGGUCUGGGUUUCGGGGCCGGUUAUUUUUGGUGCUCUCAGGUUGCCCCACUGCUUUUGAACCCCACGGCAGGGACCAGCUCCUCCGCCAGCAGGUCGGUGGGGACAGCGAGGUGGCCACGUCCCGUCCUUGCCACUCGCAGUGGCUGGGAGGUCGGUGCUGGAAUUCGGGGACAUCCCCAACUCUCUCCCUGACCAGAGACCCAUCCCAAACCCUCAGAUACGGGUGCUGGAGAGGUGUGAGGUGCUGUCCUGACUCCAGGAGCCACCAGCCCAUGCCACCACCCCUUGUCUGAAGGAGGAAGGAGCCCUGCGCCUCCCACCCCACGUGCGGGUCCACCUCUCCAAGUUCUCCUCCAGGCUGAGCUCUCAGCCGACCCUCACCUCAUCCCCCUCUCGUUUCCAUGCGUUGUGUCCUUUUGUGCUGCUGUUCCCAAACGAUGUAAGCGACCGCCUGUAAAGACGUGCAAGUGACUGUGAGGCUCGAAACGCCGGCGCGUGGCCCCCGUACGGCCUGACACUGAAUGUAGCGGGGCCCGGAGGCGGACGGCCCGGUGGGAGGUGCUGAGGCACUGACAGGAAUCGCGUAGCAAGGUGAAAUUAAAAAAAAAAAAAUC